UCUCAGUGCCGGCGGGAGAGGGAGGCGGGGUGGUUUCCGUGCUGGUGGUGUUGGUGUGGAGAGGGAGCGGUGGGGGUCGGGCGUGCCGCACAGUCACCGCACAGCCCCUCGGUGCUCGUGUCCCCGUCCCCUGUGAGGGUCGCCGGUGCCCCCCUGCCCGGCCCCGCGCUGCUUCUGCUCCCCCACGGGAUGCGGGCUCGGCCCGCCCCGCUAGCCCUCACCCCUGUGCCGGCCGCAGCAUGAGCGCGGCGAGCGACACGUAUUUCCUUAUAAAAGACAUAAAACCCGGACUGAAAAACUUAAAUGUCAUCUUUAUUGUGCUGGAGAUCGGGCGAGUCACCAAGACCAAGGACGGGCACGAGGUGAGGUCCUGCAAGGUGGCGGACAAGACGGGCAGCAUCACCAUCUGCGUGUGGGACGAGAUCGGCGGCCUCAUCCAGCCGGGGGACAUCAUCCGCCUGACCAAAGGGUACGCAUCUCUGUGGAAAGGAUGCCUGACACUUUACACAGGACGAGGAGGGGAGCUGCAUAAAAUUGGGGAGUUCUGCAUGGUGUACUCAGAAGUGCCAAACUACAGCGAACCCAACUCGGAGCACGUCGGGCAGAACAAACUGGCACAGGGUGAACAGAAUAAUAUUUCUGCAUCAAGUGGUAUGGGUACUUGUACUUUUGGGCCACUGGGAAAUGGUUUACAAACUGGACCUGAAGCAAGUGGAUUUCCAUUCACGUAUAACCAUGGCCACAUUUAUGCAGGUAGUGGGAGAGGCAAUGGCCGAGGACCUGUAAAUCCAGCACCAGCUAAUAGUGUUCAGCCUCUUCCCCCUGCUGUCAGUAACGGGAGGGACCCACGCAGGGCCUUUAAAAGAUGACUAUGCCAAAUGUGGUUGUACAGCUUGCUUAAACUCUACACUCUACUUGAACACUUACUGCACUUUUAUUUAUAGUUAACUGUGAACCAGUUUGUCCUUUGGUUUGUUUUUUUGGUUUUUUUUUUUUACCUUUUGGUGUAUGGAGCAAACUUGAUGUGAUCUAUUUCUUGUUUUGCAUCAGGGAAGCACAGUGAGUCUUCCCCGUACAUAAAGGGGGAGAAGGUGGAUCCAAGGAAGUAAGGGUCACAGGUGAAAAUGUCUCAAUUAAAACCCAGUGCCCUUUGCUGAACAGAAGAAAAUUUCAGUUACAUACAUGUAUUUCUGUUGGUCAGCCAUGUAGCCUUAAUAGGUCUACUCUGUCCUGUGCAAGCAUGUGUUGACUUCUGUUAGGGAUAAUGGGAGCUCCUCGUAUGGGAAGAGAAAUGAAGGGAAGAGCAAAAGUGCUCUGGUGAGCUGGGUGUCCUGGGAAUGAAUAUGGCUUGUGAAGCAAUAAGUGUGAGGAAAUGGUGGUGCCAGACCUAGUGGUGUCUCUGGAAUCAGGGAAUGGAUAGCUCAGAUCAAAGCUGAAGAUGUGGUGAAUGUCGUGAGCCUUGAUUCUGAUUUCAGAAAGGUGUGCACUACUUGAAAAAUUCUCUCUAAACACCAUUAUCACUGUCAAGGAAAGUGACACUGAUUUUUGCUUUGGAUAGAAGCUUGAAUAUUUGUUCUUGCUUUGCAUGAGAUAGCAGAAUAGGAGGAUCUAAAUUCAGACAGUGUUGGGGAAUAUGUUUUUUCUAGCCUUUCCUCGUGUAAAAGCCCAAGGUUACUUUGCAGGAGCCUGAAUUUCCAGGAGUGGACUGUUCUCAAAUGCUGCAUUACCCAUCUCUUCAAUGAGUCUGCCUACUCCUCCUUCCUUCAUUCACUUUUCCAAAUAAAUUAUGUAUUAGAUGAAGCUGUAUAUGUGGAUUGCAGAGGUACUGGCCAAGCACACAGCUGCCCUUGUGAUGCUGUUAAGCUUUCCUUCCUCUGUUUUAUAUGAAACAUGGAUUAUCCCUUGAAGAGCCCUCUCCAUAUCCUGGGGGGCAAAUAGCUGGUUUUAUUUCUGAGAUCACAAAUGCCUUGACUCUAGAUGAGAGUCCAGUGCCAUAUUUCAGAUCAGGUUCAAAGCAACUCGGAAACUGAGGUGUCAUACUGGAUUCAUCUGUUUAACUCUUCUUAACUGACCUCUCAAAUAAAAAACAAUUGCACUAACCACAUCAAAAACAAAUCUAACUUUCUUUCUGUCAAGCCAUAAAGACUUCAUGACAAAAGGCUUUUUCUGAAUCGUGAGUUGUCUCUGUGGUCAUUCAUGUUCUUUGAAUCUACGGAUGUGUUACUAAUGUUUACAAGUUGUUUACAUUUGAUACUUUUUGCUUUUGGUACUUUAUCAUGAUCUAUUGAAAAUUGCUUCUACUUGGUGCAAGUUCCCUGUUUGGUGUGAAAUGAACUGAAGUUUGUUUGAAAUGCAAGCAUCAGCAACAACAAAGUGCUGAAGGGAGGUUGAGAGAGACCUGUGUGCCCAGACACCUGAGGGCUGUUUGCUCUGGUGAAGUGCUUUCCUGGUACUUCCAGGUGGAACUAGUGAAACUUGUUUUGGACACAAGAGGGUGGCAUGCCUCAGGAGAUCGCCUCUGCAUGCUGCUGUGGAAGAACACUGGUCAUUGGUGAAGCAGAAAGCAGGCAUUUCUGGGGAAAUGGUGUAAGGAGGAGACGUGUAACUCAGGGACUUUAAAUUGCUUACUUGCUUAAAUAAAUGUGAUGUAUAGUCGAGAUGCAUGGACAACCUUCUUCUGCAGUGUUGCUCUAAGACAUUUGAUGUGCUUGUGAGAAGGAAGCCCAGAGGACUUCUAAACCCAGGAGGUGUCUGUGACGUGUUCCAGAGGUACAGAAGAUGUAAGUAUGGUGUGAGAGCCAUGCUGCCCAGUCAGCAGUAGCUGUAAAGUUAGCAAAGUGAACAGUGCAGGUGAUGUGGUGGGGUCUUGGUGUUCAUUGGAGUAUAUCCAGGGUGGAUCACAAAUCCUGGUGGUCUUCUCUGGGGCAUAAAGAAGCUAAAAUCAAGGGCAGCCCUGUGUUAGUGUAUGCUGAGGUGCCUGAUGUUUGUAGCUCUAUGCAUCUGAGCUUUUAUUAAGCUAAUAAACAGAAUACUUGUUCACAAAUUCUAAGUAAAAAGUGAUAUGAUUAAUGCUAAUAAGAGGCACAAGAGUAAAUCCCUGCAGUCAAGUGGAUGAUUGAUGUGCAGUCAAGAGGAAAAAAGCAAGAGUCUGGUCUUCACAUUCUCAAGGUUAGUAGCAUUCCUGCUUUCCUGUUUCUUACAUGAAACUAUUGCAGUUUAUUAAUAAAUUUUUACUUCUUUGCAGGGGAAAUCUGUGCCCUGAAAUGGACAUGGAGUUAAAUAUAAUUUUUCAAGGUCCUCUGAUCUUCCACUGAACCUGUGACAAAGUUGUUUCCCUCAGAGGUAUCAGUGUCAAGAUUGUGAGCUCUCAGCUUGCAGAGGAAUAUGGGAGCCUUACAGCUGUUGGGAUCAUACCACCUCGGUUCACAGAGAUACAGACACACACAUCUCUGUGCAAACAAGCAGUUGUGAAUUACUGUGACAUGCUAAGGCAGGUCCUCAGUGCUCAGAGAUGAGCUCAGGGAGUCUCUUCACAGAUGUAUUCCUCUUUAUGGUUAGGCUGCACUUAGGGUACUCUCAUUCUGGAUAAUACAGAUUUCCAAAGGAAAAAAGACACUGGAAGGUGUUCAUGUACCCAGACACAAACUGCACAGUGCUGAAGUGCUGCUGAGUAGUCCCCAUUCACUUGAAUCACAGAUGCCCUGUUCUCAUUGCCUGACAACAGCUCCCCCCUCUCCUGCCUGCCCCAGCACAAGGACUGAUGGCAGAGUGGAAAGAGUUCUGCUGUAUUUCUGCUGCCAUCUGUUUUUUCUGUCCAUCCUCUGCAUGAAUCACCUUGAUUUGAAAGUGACAAAGCAGUCCUGUACUGUGAAAUACUGGCCUAUCUUUAGAUACAGGGGAAAGUCAUACACCCCAUGCCCACAGUGAAAAUGGAAAGGUGCUAUAAGAACAAGUAUAAAUGCUGGACCAAAGUGCAGGACUUUAAUGCAAUCUGCCUUCACAACUUGGCUUUUUUAGCUUUGGUCUUAACUUGAAACUGGCAGUAUGCAGUCCUGUGCUGUCCAAAUAAUGCUGGUCUUUAGCAUCACAAAUCCCAGGAAGGGUGUCUGCAGUGAGUGCUGCUUCUGCAAAGCCAUGAUGGGUGGUACAAAACACCUUUCUUACCUCAGUGUCUGCACAGCCAUCCCCCUUAGCAGCACUGCAGGGCUGUCCACCAUGUUCUCUGGAUGGGGAGUGUUCAGGAGACACGUGCUGGUCCCUGAAACCCCUUUUGUUUUUCAUAGACCUUGAACCUUGUGUUUCAUAAUGACCUGGCUGCUAUGGCCAUCUUCUGCAGCUCAUGUACAUACUCCUAAAACAAGGCAUCUUUUCCCCACCAUAAGGCAGUUUUCUUCAGAAGCUCCUGACGUGCUUUUAUAGGACUAGGAGUUGUAAAAGCUAUGGGGUUUGGAGUGUUUCUGGGGAAGUCUCCUGUUCUCCUUCAUGGCCCGUGUGUUUUCACCUGCUAGGUUGUUCCUUUACUUCUCUAAUGCUUGUAGAUGUGCCCAGUCACACGUGCUCUUUGUCCUGAAGCCCUGAGCCAAGCAGUUAUUUGCAGUGCAGGUGUGGUGUCCAGCUGCCUUGCUGGCAGCUGGCUGAGGAGCUGCAGUCAGUUAAUUGGGGAAUUGCAUGCACCUGUGCAUGCUCCUGGGGAGGCUGCAGGGCUGUGGCUGCCCAGCCCGGCCCUGCUGAGCUCUGUUAAUGACUGCAGUGGAGCUCCUGCCGGCUGUGCCCCAGCCAGGUCUGCCCCUGGCUGUGCACUGCUGCCGGGUGAGCCUGGCCCUGCUGCUCAGGAGGUCCCAGGCAUCCCAGGAAUUCAUUAAGAGAUGCUCUUUCUGUCUUCAGCCUUUGUCCUACUGAGUCCUUUAUUCUUGCUUCCAGAGAAUGUCAAAUUGUGCUGACUCUUUAUGGGGAUUCUGCUUUUCAAUUUAUUCUCUGAUGGACAUUUGUGUGUGUGUAACUGGGAUGAGAAGAUUAUUCCUAAACAAGCUGUUGAUUAAACUACUGGAGUUCAAAGGGAUUAGGAAAAAAGUCUGGGAGUGACUAAGGGGAACACUUAAGGACUUCAUUUUGGUUUUCAAUUUCUCUAAGUUGCUGUUGUUUAUUUUCUUGUUAAGAAAACAAUGCAGUUGUAAGAGCUUCGUCUAAAACUGUCCUCCCACACCCCCAGCUGAUAAAGACUGUCUGGAUUUGUACAUGUCCUAGCAAGUAAGAUUUGGGAAGGAAGAAAACAUCAGGAUGUAGCUCAGAGAAGAAAACUAGUGCUCUAAAUGUACCUUCAGAGCUAAAUGUUUCCUUAUUAUACAAGUUUAAAUGGGAUGUUUUUGGCUGUGUGGAGUGGAUUGUAGGGCUGAUUGGCUGCUCCAUGUUUAAUAAAUUUGUGUAUAAAAGACAAAA